AAGGACUUUGACUUUACAUUGUUACAUUCUGAGCCAAAUUCUGUCUGCUUAUGCUACCUACUUUCUUCUUUUAACAUUGACGCUGUUGGAAUGCAAGCACCAUAAGACACUGAGGACAACAUUAACUCCGAGCUCUCUGGUGUACCGUUCGGUUUACUGGCUUUCCCAGAUCAUUGGAAUUGGAUCCUAUCAUUCUGUUCUUGAGGACUUCUGACCCGAAAUGCUUUGAUUCGCUAUCGAGCAUACUGAACUCAUUUGCCUGAACGCGACAUACAACGAACGUUGCAGUUGAGUGACUCAUUGCACUCGCGCUUAAUCGGGUAGAUCGCCGAGUGGCUCAAUCAACGAAAGGCGAAAGGAGUGGCGAAGACUUCCGGAUACGUCAACGCAACUCACCCUUUCACGCUUCACAUCAUUCUUUUUAUCGCCCUUUGAAGGUCCAUCCUCCAAAAAUGCCGGUCGCCGUAUCCCACUCUGAACUGUUGAAGGACUUUCUAGUUGGCCCACACUGUCUAUUCACUCCACGAUCUUUCUUCCCCGACCGCAUACUACCUAAUCCUAUAUAUUUGAGGCAUGAUGACAUUCCAUCACUAAAGGUCUACGAUAGGUGCCAAUUCCGAACCAUGAGCCACAAGCAGAAACGAUGGGGUGCAUGGAAAUCUGGCAUACUCCUAGGCACUGAUCAUGUUACAUUGCCGAGUGGCCACCAACUACGCCGAUACCUGGUUGGCCAACGUAUUGAUGGCCGAUACUUGGAAGACGGACGAUUCUUACCUCCAUCCACGGAGCGCUCGUGGGUUCUUCCUGCACUAGGCCAACUUUAUCCUGAAGGCGGACCCAAACCUAUGUUGAGGUUUGACGAAGCCCUCCAGUUGCUCAAUUCAUGGCGGUCAGUUUUGACACCUGUUGAUACACACAUACCAAUUCGUGGAGUACAGAGACUUGUUCCCGUUUGGUAUCGUGGGGAAGCCGACGUACUCUCAAUACUACAUCGAGAUUAUGACAGCACUGAAGCAGAUUGCAGUAAUAACUUUCCGGGCUACGCCGUACGACUUAUUGAGGGACCAUUUCUCGAUAAUACGGUAGACACGUACCGGGCACUGCCUGCAACGGACGCCUCCACACAACUGCUAGCUCAAAUGGGGCAAAUAUCAUAUCAAGCGUUGAUUGACAGUGGCAUCGUGAAGGAUCCCAAGGCAACGCCGGGCAUGCUCGAGCUUGGGAAGUACCUCUCCUCACAAUCACUCAAAAGCAAAUCGUCGAUCAAAAGAGCAUCGUCCACAAGACUUCGACACCGGUCUCCACCGGUGUACUGUUCGGCCGAAUUGACAAUUCUGCCCAUACAUGCCCGAUCUUCCCUGGAGGGGGGACUUCUGGAUCAUUCGUUACUGUCUUCUGAACAUGUGCCAAGCCAGGCAGUUUAAUACACUCACCGGUAUCUGUUCACCGAUUCCGACCUUUUCGGUAUCCUGUCACUUCCAGCUCACAGACAGGCUUUCUUCGGUUCCCAUCAUCGCUUUCUGAAUUGCUUUCUUCAUGUCAAAUGCUAUUUCUACGGGACCCCGACUUUGCUAUAACGUUGCUACUGUAUCAUUAGCUGUACCCCUCCAUCUUGCUAUUCCGCUAACGAUGACUGACCGAUAUAUCCAUGAACUCAGUAUAAUACUCGAUUGUUCGAGACUGGGCUACAUUCUCUGUGACAUAUUCACUGCUCUCACUUGACUCUCACCGUCAUUCAGUAUUGACGGAAUUACGACGGGGGCGGUGCAUUUCCUGCAUGAUGUCAACACCAAUAAUAGCUUCCAGCUGUCAGCUGUACCCCUGUACAAAGUUCGCCAGCGGGAAGGCGUGCGGAUCUCAUGACAGUGACCUUUGCGAUUGCCCCAC